AUGGGGGACACCGUGGGAACAUCCUGCCCCCCCCGAGUGUGGGGCGGUCUGGGGGUGCUGGGUGGUGGCUGCAGCAGGGGCAGAUCUGAGUGCUCUGUUCUGACGCGAUGUCGCUGGGGAUCCCGGGGGGGGAGUGAUGCCCACAGUGCCCCCCCACCGACCUGUCACCCCUCUCUGCAGGGCAAGUACAGCAAGCGCAAGAGCCGCUUCAAGCGCUCUGAUGGCAGCACCUCGUCCGACACCACCUCCAACAGCUUCGUCCGGCAGGGCUCGGCUGAGUCCUACACCAGCCGCCCCUCGGACUCGGAUGUGUCGCUGGAGGAGGACCGCGAGGCGCUGCGCAAAGAGGCUGAGCGCCAGGCGCUGGCACAGCUGGAGAAAGCCAAGACAAAGCCAGUGGCGUUUGCUGUCCGGACGAAUGUCGGCUACAACCCGUCGGCCAACGAUGACGUGCCCGUGCAGGGCAUGGCCAUCUGCUUCGAGCCCAAAGACUUCUUGCACAUCAAGGAGAAGUACAACAACGACUGGUGGAUCGGGCGGCUGGUGAAGGAGGGCUGCGAGGUCGGCUUCAUCCCCAGCCCCGUCAAACUGGAGAACAUGCGGCUGCUGCAGGAGCAGAAGAUGAGGCAGAACCGACUGAGCUCCAGCAAAUCAGGUGACAACUCCAGCUCCAGCCUAGGUGACGUGGUGACGGGGACGCGCAGGCCCACUCCUCCCGCCAGUGCGAAGCAGAAGCAGAAAUCGACCGAGCACGUGCCGCCCUAUGAUGUGGUUCCCUCCAUGCGACCCAUCAUCCUGGUAGGGCCGUCGCUGAAGGGCUACGAGGUGACAGACAUGAUGCAGAAAGCGCUGUUCGAUUUCUUGAAGCAUCGCUUUGACGGCAGGAUCUCCAUCACGCGGGUGACGGCCGACAUCUCCCUCGCCAAGCGCUCCGUGCUGAACAACCCCAGCAAGCACACCAUCAUCGAGCGUUCCAGCACACGCUCCAGCCUGGCUGAGGUGCAGAGUGAGACGGAGCGCAUCUUCGAGCUGGCCCGGACGCUGCAGCUGGUGGCCUUGGACGCCGACACCAUCAACCACCCGGCCCAGCUGGCCAAGACCUCCCUGGCGCCCAUCAUCGUCUACAUCAAAAUCGCCUCCCCCAAGGUGCUGCAGCGGUUGGUGAAGUCCAGGGGCAAGUCCCAGGCCAAGCACCUCAACGUGCAGAUGGUGGCCUCCGACAAGCUGGCGCAGUGCCCGCCCGAGAUGUUUGACAUCGUGCUGGACGAGAACCAGCUGGAGGAGGCCUGCGAGCACCUGGCCGAGUACCUGGAGGCCUACUGGAAGGCGACGCACCCCCCCAGCAGCAACCCCCCCAACCCGCUGCUCAACCGCACCAUGGCCACAGCCGCGCUGGCCGCCAGCCCCGCGCCCGUCUCCAACCUGCAGGUACAGGUGCUCACCUCCCUGCGCAGGAACCUGGGCUUCUGGGGCCGCGGGGGCACUGACACCACCCCCAGCCCCCACGAAGAGCACGCGCUGUGAGGUGGCGGCGGGGCACCCGUGGGACCUCCCCCCAAGGAUCAGGGACACCCUGGGUUUUGGGGACAGCCCGGGGAACGGCUGCCUCCCUGGGUUUGCCCCCUGCCCCCUCCUCUGGGGAUGUGCUCCCUACUCUGUGGUUGAUGCCACCCCUGCGCCCCUGGAGUCACCCCCCCCUACCCCGGGAUCUGCUCCCCACCCCGGGUUUGGGGCCGUCCCCCUGUGGUGAGGUUCUGCUCUUCCUGGAUCGGGGUCGCCCUUUGGGAUCUGCCCCCUGGGGUUGGGGUCUCUCUGGGGGUCCAUGUGCCUUCCACAUCGCUCUCUGGAGCUCCCCUGGGUUAUAGCAAGGACUUAUGGGAGCUGCUGGGGGGCUGAGCCCCAGGACACCCCUGACCCCCCUGUGUCCAGCAGAAGAGGCUGUGUCCAAGCCGGGGGGGUUCCACAGCCACCCCAGGGCAGCAGGCAGAGGGAGGACGUGUGUCCCGUGUUUGUCGCUAAUUCCUUCAGCAAUCAAAGCAUUGCUCUGCACCAACCCCGACCCCGCCACCUCCCUGCUCCGCUCCCCCCCAUGCCCCCCACUGCUCUGGCCCUGCCCUGGUGCCCCCCCAUGGUGCUGGAUGAGACCCAUGUCUGGGCUGCAUGGCACGGAGUGUGCAGACUGGGCUGGGGUGGGAGCGCAUGUGCCCCCCCUACUCACCAAGCCCCGCGGUGUGCAG